AUGCCUGUCGUCGCUGGUCCGCCCCAGGCCCAUGGCCCUUCUACCUUGGAAAAGAUGAAAAUGGGAGCUCUGAUGGGAACUUCUGUCGGCAUGAUCAUGGGCUUCAUCGGCGGUGCCGUUUCGAUCUUUCAAUACGGUGCUGGACCCAAUGGUGUUAUGCGCACUCUAGGAAAGUUCAUGCUAGGUUCCGGAGCAACUUUUGGAAUGUUCAUGUCCAUCGGUAGCAUCAUCCGAACCGAAGGUCCCUACCACGAGGCCUGGCGUCGAGUUCACGCAAACCCUGUUAUCCUUCCUCGAGAAUCCCAAGAACGACGAUGA